GGGGAGGUGUGUGAGUGAGUCUUGACUGUGUUGAACGGAUCCAAAGUGUCAGCGCAGAAACAGCCACAACAGCAGGUCGCUUCGUCCCUGUGAAAGCCGGGGGGGGCGGGGGGUCCACGAACCUGGAACUGGGAGUAGAGAUUGCGCCGCAACUCAUUCAACCUAAUUGUAUUUCUUGUCUUUUCUUUGGCGGCGGCGGUUCCGAAAUAGGACCAGGUGACAUACAGGACGCGGAGGGGAAAGACUCCCAGAGUAUUAGGACAGCUUUCAGUUUCCCCGCUCACUUCAACAUGGCUUCAACCACCUGCACCAGGUUCACUGAUGAGUACCAACUGUACGAGGAGCUGGGAAAGGGAGCUUUCUCUGUUGUGAAGAGGUGCAUGAAGAUUUCCACAGGACAUGAGUAUGCUGCCAAAAUCAUCAACACCAAGAAGCUGUCUGCCCGGGAUCACCAGAAGCUGGAGCGCGAAGCCAGGAUCUGUCGCCUGCUCAAACACGCCAACAUUGUUCGGCUCCACGACAGCAUAUCAGAAGAAGGAUUCCACUAUCUGGUGUUUGAUCUAGUCACUGGUGGAGAGCUGUUUGAGGACAUUGUUGCCAGGGAGUACUACAGCGAAGCUGAUGCCAGUCAUUGCAUUCAGCAGAUCCUAGAGGCUGUGCUUCACUGCCACCAGAUGGGUGUGGUUCACCGUGACCUCAAGCCAGAGAACCUGUUGCUAGCCAGUAAACUGAAGGGAGCAGCAGUUAAGCUGGCUGAUUUUGGCCUGGCUAUAGAAGUGCAGGGAGACCAGCAGGCAUGGUUUGGUUUUGCUGGUACACCAGGGUAUUUGUCUCCAGAGGUCCUGAGGAAAGAUCCAUAUGGAAAGCCUGUGGAUAUGUGGGCCUGUGGGGUGAUCCUCUAUAUUCUGCUGGUAGGAUACCCUCCGUUCUGGGAUGAGGACCAGCAUAGACUGUACCAGCAGAUUAAAGCUGGAGCUUAUGACUUUCCCUCUCCGGAGUGGGACACAGUGACUGCUGAGGCCAAAGACCUGAUCAAUAAAAUGCUAACCAUCAAUCCAGCUAAGAGAGUGACUGCUGCAGAUGCUCUCAAACACCCCUGGAUAUGUCAACGCUCCACCGUGGCCUCCAUGGUGCACAGACAGGAAACAGUGGAGUGCCUCAAGAAAUUCAAUGCCAGAAGAAAACUGAAGGGUGCCAUCCUGACGACUAUGCUUGCCACUCGCAACUUCUCAGCCAAGAGCCUGCUGAACAAAAAAACAGAUGGCGUCAAAAUCAACAACAAGGUUAAUGUGGUCACCAGCACCAAAGAGCCUGUCCCGUCUCCUGCUCUGGAGCCACAACCCACUGUUAUCCACAAUCCAGCUGAUGGAAACAAGGAGUCCAGCGAGAGUGCCAACACUACCAUUGAGGAUGAGGAUGUAAGAGCUUACCUCUUUAGCAUGAAAGCCCGUAAGCAGGAGAUCAUCAAAGUGACAGAGCAGCUGAUUGAGGCCAUCAACAACGGAGACUUUGAGGCCUACACGAAGAUUUGUGACCCUGGUCUCACAUCUUUUGAACCUGAGGCUUUGGGAAACCUGGUCGAAGGCACAGAGUUCCACCGCUUCUAUUUUGAAAACGCUCUGUCUAAGGGGAAACUGCCCAUCCACACCAUCCUGCUGAACCCCCACGUCCACCUGAUCGGGGACGAGGCGGCCUGCAUUGCCUACAUCCGCCUCACACAGUACAUCGACAGCAACGGCAUGCCGCGUACCAUGCAGUCCGAGGAGACCCGCAUCUGGCACCGCCGUGAUAGCAAGUGGCAGAACAUCCACUUCCAUCGCUCCGGGUCACUCACCGUCCCCACCAAUUGAGUUGACACUCUUGGACCACAAACAGCCUCCAGCAAGACAGCUGACCAAACCCCACCCACCAUGUGGACACAGCAUCCCAAAGCCAAUCCUUGCUAUCCUUUGCUAAUGCUCAGUGUGUUGUUUACAUAUGGUAGCUGCUGCUGCACUCAUGUUAAAAAGUCAACAGAAGUUAAUCAAGGGAUUUAUGAUUUUGUAGUGAGAAUGUGUGCUGUUUCUAUCAGUAGUGUGUUUAUUACCUGAGCUUCGGUUUCACCCCUUUUAGAUCUGUAUGUUUUAACAGGAGUGCCUGGUCAUUUAUAGGCUGUUAAGAUGUGAAACUUUAUCAUUUUUUUUAGCAUUCCAUGUAUUCAUAUAUUAUAAAACGCUGAGGGACAAUGACCAAAAUGUCACACACUGUACCUCCUUGCUCAUGUAUCUUUUCAGUACUGCCAUCUAUCAUGUUUGCUUUGUUUUGUUUUGAUGAAUAAGUUUCAGUGAUUAAUGCAUUUUUUUUCAUUUUUCAUUUUUUUACAUCCUUAAAGUAAAAAUCCAUUCAGCUCUCUGGUUUGCUAGGAUUUUGUUUAAAAGGAAAGUUCUGUGAGAAUGUAAGCGGACAUGGAAUUUCUAGUCUUGGAUAUUCUCAUACAAUGAUGAAAAUGUUCUCUGUUCAAAUUUGUUACAUUUUAUGUUGUGAUAUUGAUGCUUGUUCCUCUUUUAGGCUUCAGUUUUUGUGAUUCCCUCCUUUACCAUAACUUCCCACUGUUUGCCAACGUUCCUCAGCACAACUUUUGGUUAAGGUCUUCAUUCAUCAUUUAGUUAUUCAUUUAAUGAGUAUCAUCAUCACCAGUGCUCUCAUUAUGCUUAAUUCUUGUCAUUGCGGUGAUGCCAUGGGAUUAAAAGGAAAUGGGCUCAAAAUGUGAGGUGUUCAGGGCCUUUGAUCAUUUUCUUCAUUUUUGGAAGGUUUUUUUUUUGUCUAUACAACUUAUUUGGCAUAAUCACAUUACACUUUCUACAAUAUACUGGUGGGCCAAGCCUAUCAAAUAAAAUGUCAUUUAGAUGAAAUAUGCAUUUUUUAAUCAAUUUAAGUAAGGUGGGUUUGAAUAUUUACUAUUCAAACCCACCUGCAGUUAUUGCUGGGUUUCAGAUAGUUAUGCGGAUCAUAACUAACUAUGAUCCACUUUCAAAUGUGGGCUCAACCUGUGAGCCAGUUAUUUGGCUUAGAGUUAAAUAUUUAGCCUUGGAUGACAUGUGAAAUUCACAUGGAGAUCCCAAAGAGGAUUUCUUCAAUUCAAAACAGAGCAAAAUGGAUCACAAUAAUACUCUAAAUCGGCUGGCACAGAUUGUGAAAAAAUAUGCGUGUAUUUAGGAUAUGAUCCUAAAUAUCAUAUCCAUCUAGGUAAAAAGACUUCUCUUAAGGAUUUAGGCUUUAGGUGUCGAGACGAUCUGGAGCUGCAGACAUGAUGAGCCUGGAGAAUAACAUUCUAGCUCCAGGUUGGGUCAACCAUUUCUGCCUGGUGAGUUGUGCUUUUUUAAGAAAUUAGUCUACAUAAUGAUGCAACAACAUGUUAUGCUUGAAUCUCCUGGUAAACAAUUUAUUUAGCUUCUGUAAACCCAAAUUCAUGCUGAGUUAAUGUUUCAGACUGAACAUUUAGAUGCUGGAUCAACAGAAUUAAACAGGCCCAUUUACUUAUUGGCCUCCAUUUGACGUUGAUUCUACGUCAUCUGACACCCAGCAAUAGUGUAAAGUCACAGUCAAAAGUUAACUACAAUAAUUUGGGUUAUUGUAGUCAUAAGAGUGGAAACUAGUUUAUUUUUCAGUCAUAUUUUCACCAUGUUCAUAUUUACUUAGAUAUUUAGCUCUGAGCUUUAAUGAAGCUAAAUACUUGGUUUCAAAGUGACUACUGAACUAAUAUGCAAAUAAAUACAAAUAAAAUGGCUCAACCUUU